AUGUCGGGCUUCGUUCACAAGGCGAAUAGCGCUGUCGCGCGCUCUAUCGUCGGCCGGUACUUUCGCCUCGAGGGAUCAGGUCAUCCCAAAGAGCGCAAGGGAAGCUACUUCUUCACUGAGUUUCGCGCGGGGUUGGCCACCUUCUUCGCCAUGGCCUAUAUCAUCUCUGUCAACUCAUCGAUUGUGUCAGACACUGGUGGUACCUGCGUAUGCCCAGGGCUCCCGGACGAUCCCAUCUGCGAGACCAACCCACAGUACGCCCUCUGUGUCCAGGAAGUCAGGCGGGAUUUGGUUACCGCAACAGCUGCCAUUUCUGCAUUGACGUCUUUCUGCAUGGGCUUGUUUGCCAAUCUGCCCAUUGCCCUGGCUCCUGGAAUGGGGCUGAACGCAUACUUUGCCUACACCGUAGUUGGUUUCCAUGGUACAGGCAUGGUUCCGUAUGAGGUUGCACUUACCGCCGUCUUCGUUGAAGGUUUCGUCUUCGUUGGUCUAACCAUGCUCGGUAUUCGACAGUGGCUUGCAAGGGCUAUUCCUGCCAGUAUCAAGCUCGCAACCGGCGUUGGUAUUGGACUUUACCUAACUAUUAUCGGACUUGCCUACUCCGCUGGUAUCGGUCUGAUCACCGGUGCUCAGUCGACCCCUCUCGAACUCGCCGGUUGCGUUGCCGCCGACCAGGUUGAUGGUGUCUGCCCAGGAGGUGUCAAGAUGAGGAGCCCAACCAUGUGGAUCGGUAUCUUCUGUGGUGGUGUCCUGACCGUCAUGCUUAUGCUUUACCGCGUCAAGGGUGCGAUUAUCAUCGGUAUUCUGCUUGUUUCGAUCAUCUCCUGGCCGCGCCCAACAAGCGUUACCUACUUCCCACACACCGAGACUGGCGACUCAGCCUUCGACUUUUUCAAGCAGGUCGUCACCUUCCACCCAAUUGGCAAAAUUCUUGCUGUUCAACAGUGGAACAUCUCAGAGCACGCCGGCCAAUGGGGUCUUGCUUUCAUCACCUUCCUUUACGUCGAUAUUCUUGACUGUACUGGUACUCUAUACUCCAUGGCCCGUUUCUGUGGUGCUAUCGAUGAGCGUACCCAAGACUUUGAAAACUCCUCCAUCGCCUACUCAGUUGACGCUCUUGGUAUCAGUAUCGGAUCUCUCAUGGGAUGCCCUCCAGUCACCGCAUACAUCGAAUCUGGUGCCGGUAUCUCUGAAGGAGGCAAGACUGGUCUUACUGCCAUGUUCUCGGGUCUCUGCUUCUUCAUCGCCAUCUUCUUCGCUCCGAUUUUCGCAUCGAUUCCUCCCUGGGCUACUGGCUGCACACUGGUCAUCGUUGGAUCGCUUAUGGCAACAUCGGCUAAGGAUAUCAACUGGCGCUACCUUGGCGAUUCCAUUCCCGCUUUCCUCACCAUUGCGGUCAUGCCUUUCACAUACUCUAUCGCCUACGGUCUGAUCGCCGGUAUCUGCUCUUACAUGCUCAUCAACACCAUUGUAUGGAUCAUUGAGAAGGCGUCUUCCGGUCGCAUCGUACCACCCAACAAGGAUGAGAAGGAGCCCUGGACUUGGCGUCUCGAGGGCGGCCUCCUUCCCCCAUGGAUGAAGAGGCUCGCCAGCGGAAAGAAGAACUUCUGGAAGGCGGACCCACAGACUGAGGGUGUUGCAGAGCCCCGAAGCGAAGGUAGCUCCGCUCACAACGAGAAGGAGUUUGUCACGGAUAAGCAAGCGUAA